ACAGAGGCACUGUGGCUGCACCAUGACUAUUGUGUAAUGGGAAAGUGGUGUUGUGUGCUGUUAGUGUCACACUGUGGCUGUAGCAUGGUUCUGAUGUGCGGUGGUACUGGCAUGCUGUGGCUGUGAAGGUGGUCACCGUGAUGGUGUUAGACGGCAUUGCUGGCUAUGUAAUGUCUAUUCCAUAGGUUUGUGACGCUGUGUGGUGGUGGCACCAGCACACUGUAGCUCCCCCAUGGGCCUGUGUGGCUGUGCCAGGAAGGUGUGUGGUGAUGCUGGCACGUUGCACACGUACCAUGGACUUGCUCUGUGGUGCUCCCAGCACACCGUGUCUGCAUUAAGCUGCUCGGUGGUGGUGCUGUUGCAUUGUGGCUGCACCGCGGCACCGUGUGGUGGCAGCAACCCCACUCCCUAUCCCACAGCAGUGCAAGGCACUGAUGAACGAGGGUUUCAAACGCAUGGAGAUGGCAAUGCAGCAGAUGAUGGAGCAGAUGCAGAAGGAGAAGAGGGAAAUGGAGAUCUCCUCAUGGUGCCGCACGGGUGUGAACUUCCUGAGUAAUCUGCUCACAUCUCUUCAGCUCGUGCUGUCAGACAGUGACAGCGAAGAGGAGGUCAGCGAUGAGGACAGCGAUGAGGACAGCCAUGUGUAGCCCUGUGCCCUGCCAGCUGCCCAUGCAAUAAAUUCUGUGACGCUUUCCAGGUGUUGUCAUUUUGGGACAGCACAUUUUGGGACUACCCUGUUUGGGUAAAGCAAAGGAAGCAGCAGCAGGAAAUGCGUCCAUAGCAGCUGGGUGUGCUUUCCCUUUCGGUUCUGGCAGCUGCAUGGCCAAGCAGGCUCUGGUGCCCCUGACGCCGGCCCCCCUCUGCCUGGUUUGCUACAGCAGCAUGCUGUCUGUCACCCCCCCCACACACACAGACACAGUGCUGAUGUGCAGUGCGGGAUCACCAGCCCUUUGGUGGACGUGUCCAUCGCUGGGCUGCACCAUAGUGGAAGUCCUUCAGUCUGGAUAAUAGGAUGGGUGUUGUCUCCAACCGGUUGCGAUAUGCUGUACCUGUGCCAGCUGCCCCUACAAGAAUGAAGGCCACAGCUGAGGCAUUGUGAUUUCGGGGAAGCGAUGGGUGUUUACAGGAAGGGAAAACCAACAGCAGGGGGAGGGCUGGGUUUGCUUUCUCUUUCCGUUUCAGCACUGCAAAGCCGCACACAGCAGCACAACCAUGGAUGCUCCGGUGCUCCCGAUGCCGGCCCCACUGUGCCUGGUGAACAACAAGAAUGGCGAGCUGUCCCUGGACCCCACGGCGCUGGCAGUGCUGCAGGAGGUGGCCCAGCCCCUGGUGGUGGUGGCCAUCGCCGGGCCCUACCGCACUGGGAAGUCCUUCCUGAUGAACCGGCUGGCACAGAAGCGCACUGGCUUCCCGCUGGGCCCCACGGUGCAGGCAGAGACCAAGGGCAUCUGGAUGUGGUGCCUGCCUCACCCACAGCGGCCCGAAGCGAUGCUGGUGCUGCUGGACACCGAGGGGCUGGGAGACCCCACCAAGGGUGACAGCCAAAACGACGCCUGGAUCUUCACACUGGCGCUGCUGUUGUCCAGCACUCUGGUGUACAACAGCAUAGGCACCAUCGACCAGAAGGCACUGGAGUACCUCGAGCUGGUGACACAGCUGUCGGAGCUGAUCCAGGUGCGGGACAGGGACAAGGAUGGCAACAACGGCGCUGAAAGAGAAGAUGAGGCCGAGGACUGCGAGUUCAUGCGCUUCUUCCCCAGCUUUGUGUGGGUGGUGCGGGACUUCACACUGGAGCUGCGUGUGGGCGAGCGGCCCAUCAGCGAGGACGAGUACCUGCAGCAGGUGCUGGAACUCAAGCACGGGUACGGCCGCAAGGUGCAGAACUACAAUGCGACGCGGCAGUGCCUCCGCAACUAUUUCCCCACGCGGAAGUGCUUCGUGCUGCCUUCGCCACUGGGCACAGAGGAGCACGGGCGCAUGGAGGAGCUGCCCGAGGCCGCCUUGGCCCCACGCUUCCUCCAACAGGCAGCCAAGUUCUGUGACUAUGUGCUGAGCUCCUCCAGGCUCAAGACGCUGCCUGACGGCAGAGCACUGACAGGGCGAGGUGUCCCUGUGCCAUUCCCCACAGCCCUGAGCACGCUGCUGAGCAGCUACGUGGAGGCCAUCAACAGCGGGCGUCUGCCCUGCCUGCAGGGAGCAGCAGCAGCCAUGAUGGCCAACGAGAACGCAGCUGCGGUGGCGGCAGCGCUGGAGGCCUAUGCCGGGGGCAUGCGGGGGCUGUCACUGCCCACAGAGCCUGCACAGCUCUCGGCCGCGCACGGGGAGCACCUGCACGAGGCGCUCGUCGUCUUCCAGCAGCGCAGCUUCCGGGAUCGCAACCAGGAGCACCAGCGGCGCCUCAUAGAACAGAUCAGCACGGAGUACAGCCGCCUGCAGGAGAAGAACAAUGCAGCAUCACGGCAGCACUGCAAGGCGCUGCUGGCUGAGCUGGCGGGGGCACUGGAUACCAGCCUGUCCCGUGGGGCCUACGCACAGCCCGGUGGCUACCGCGCCUACGAGGCCGAGCGGCAGCGGCUGCUGGAGGCCUACCGGCAAGCAAAGGCCAAGGGCCCCAAGGCCGAGGAGGUGCUGGAUGAGUUCCUGGCGGAGCGCCGGGCAGAAGCGGAGGCAGUGCUGAAGGCAGACAAGGCACUGAGCGAGGCCGAGAAGCAGCUGGAGGGCCGUGUCCCCCAACGACAGCGCAUGGCAUCCCCAUGUACUCUGGGAAUCCUUAUAACGCUUCACAGGCAUCUCAUGAUGGCCCCAGCACUCGAGGACUCCCCUUCUCCCCGGGGACAUCUCCCAGACUACACACAUCUCUUGGGGCGUCCCGGUGCACCCAGGAGACACCUCAAAUUGCUCCUUUUUCCUCCCUGACGAACCCUCACCCCAUCCCCACAUCCCCGCACUCUGUCCCCAGCCCCUCCAUCUUCUCCUCACGUCCCCUUGCACUGUCGCUUUGGCCCAUCACCCCGUGCCACGGGGACCCCCACUCGGUUCCUUAACCAGAAGCACAAGGCUCAGCUCCUGCUUACUCCUCACCCCGUCCCUUUGUUCCCAGACCAGAAGCAGCAGACGCAGCUCCUGGAGCAGCAGCAGAAGGCGACGGCGGAGCGCGAACGGCAGCUGCAGGCGCUGCUGGCGGACGAGCGCAACAGCUACGAGCAGAACCUGCGAG